AUGAUACACGAGUGUGUGCUCUUUGUUACAGUCAUGCUUUGUGAAGGUAGACUGCUGAGCAUGGCCUAUGGUGAAUUGGAGGAGCUGGAUCCCGUCCCUCCUGAGAGGGCUCCUAAGAGGGCUUCUGGGCUGCAGAGAGCAGCUGCUACCCUUCUGUCGGGCUCCAGCAGGUGCAUUACACUUGUUCAUCACAGCUCCCCACAGCAGACGGGUAGUACAGACAGCAGGGGUUCUUCAGAGGAGUUGCACAUUUCUCCGCUGCAGUCCUUGGAUCUCAAGAAAGCCUGGUCUGGCAGACAAAUCUCUCCAGAGAUCGAGAUCCCGGCCCAGGCUCCUUCAGCUGGUGACGCCCCAUUUUUGGUUCCCUCCUUCUGUCAGAGCAUCUGCCAAAAUUACAGCGACCUUCAUAUUGGAGGCGACCAGGUGCUGCCUCUUUCAGCCAACAAUGGUGAACUGCGGGCCUGUGCUGAUACCCAGGCUGUCGGCCCGUUCCUCCAGUCCUGUGACAUGCCCCCAGCUGUGGAGGAUUCUCUCCCAGGACAGGCAUCUCAGGGUGGACCUCUGCACCCACCAAGAGGGGAUUUGAAUCGUUGGAGGCUGGGAAGCGGCCGUGAUCGGAGCUUUCUACUCCAGGGGCAUGAAGGACCAUUCUCCAACUCCCUUCUGAAUCACUAUCUGGAACAGAAGCUCUUGGAUUUAUACCAGCAGUACACGAUGGAGAACAUGGCCAGAGAAAGGGCACCUGGUUCGGAUUCUGACCCAGGCCCCAUUUGCCCUUUACUGGGCUCCGAGCUGGUCCUGACCAGUCUGGACCAGAUCACUUUGCAGCUGAGUCGUGAAGGGAAUCUGGAGGCGGGCUUGGCCAAGGAUAUGGUCCUGAGCUGCCUGCUGCGGGUGGCUGGUGACAUGCAGUCAAGUGAGAUCAGCACUCCCUUGCUGCAGAUUUCAAGUGAGGCAUCCAGGGAGCAGCUCACAGAGAAUAAAGACCAGUUACCCUGA